AACUAUAACAAUUAGAAAGAAAAAAUAAUGAAAUUUGAUGGUUGAGUUUUGAUAGAUUCAGCUUGAAGUGUUGUUUCAGCAACAACCAUCUAAUUCACAAAAGACAAAUUUCAUCAAUUAUAAUUUUUGUUCUACUUCUAUGCACGGUUCCUUUGCCUAGAUGGGACAUUUAGAAAACAUACACACAGAUUACUGUUCAUGCUGAUGAUUUGAUAUCUAUUUUCCAUGAAAUUGUAGAGCAUGUGACUACAUUUGUUUGUACUUCCUUCUUCAUUACUUUUUAUUUGUUGAUAGAUUGUUAUUAUUGUAUUUUCAUACUAUUACUUUACGAAAUUCUUUGCACCUUACAAUUAUAAUGUGAUGAUAAAUGAGACAGAUUGUAUUGUGUAAAAGUGUAUUGUGCUUUUGUUUGCCUUCAGCAGAUGAAUAUAUUAGUUGUUUUAAAUUAUCCGCAUUUAUGCUUAUAAGAUAACUAAAUAUGAAGUUUUUUUUAUAGUGUAAGUGGUAAUGAACUGUGGAAUUCUUUCUUUUAUCUUUGUUAAUUUUUUUUUUUUUCAUUUCUUAGUGAUUCGUGCUCCUUUUGACAAGAGGAAAAGAAUAUGAAAUUCUUUGUUGUGCGAGUGCCAAUGAACUGUUGAAUUCCUUCUUUUAUUUCCACUUUUUUAUAAUUCAUGCGUAUUUUAAGCAAGUCUUCGCUCAACCAAAUGAAAGGAAAUGAAAAUCAGAGAACCCAUUAGUUAGCAGUGCAAGUCUUUCUAGUUAGACACUUCCUUAUAUAGCGAACAUGGUGAAAAUUUCUCCCUAUCGACACCAUCAUAUGAGAGGAAUCCAACUGUCCAAUAAACACCAAAAGUUCCAUUGUUUUUAACAUAGAUUCCUGCAGCUAACUCAUAUCUCAUUUCACCCACUUUAUUCUGUUUUGCUAGCCUUUAUUUAUCCCAUCUUCGUUCUUCUUUGUACCAUAAUCUUCUCAACUCUUUCCCCUUGCUCUUGCAAAAUGACUGCAACCAAAUCAAGUGUAAAACCACCACUUCUUUCUAGCUCCCUUUUCUUUCUUCUUUUCAUUUUUAAUUACUGUUCUUCACAAAGGACCUGCCCAAACUGUGGCUCCACAGAAAUCCCAUAUCCUCUAAGCACAAACCCCAAUUGUGGCAAUCUAGACUAUUCUCUUCGUUGUGAUCCCCACUCUCAGAAACUAUACUUUGAUGCCCUAAAUGGAAGUUCUUAUCUCGUCCUCAGGAUCAUGGCUUCCUCUCGACGCAUGGUGGUGCAACCAUCACCUUGGCUUCCUGGUACAUGUGUUACUCAAGACAUGCCUGUAAGUGAGGGAAUCUGGUUGAACCAGACACUCCCCUUUAACAUCACUUCAUCAAACACAAUCUUCCUCUUCAACUGUUCGCCUCGUCUCUUGGUCUCUCCUCUCAACUGCACUACUUCCAGCCUUUGCCACCGUUACCUUGAGAGCUCAGGACAUGUGGACACCAAACGCGCACUUCAGUGUGCGAGUGGUCUUGACCCCUGUUGCACCUUUGUUGCUGGUGGCAUGCCGUCAGCAUACAAGAUACGGCUGCAUAGUUCAGGUUGCAGAGCAUUCAGAAGCAUCCUUGACUUGGAUCCAGAAAACCCCACAAACCAGUGGGAAGAGGGGUUAGAAAUUCAAUGGGCUCCUUCACUUGAACCGGUAUGUAAAACUCAACUUGAUUGCUCUGGGGCUUCCAGGUGUUCACCUGCCAGUAAAAAUGGCCUCUUUCGUUGCCUUUGCAAUAGAGGCUACUACUGGGAUCAUGACCGUGGAAUUUGCUUGAAAAAGAAGAACUCAAAGUCUGACCUCACUUUAAAGGUCUCAAUUGGGGUUGUCUCAGUUGUCUUUCUUGCUGUAAUAAUGGCUGCAUUUACAGUGAGAAAGUCCAUCAAAUUAUCUAACCAGGUGAAGCUUGCCAAGGAAAGAGAAGACAUGUUAAAAUCAAGCAAUGGCGGGAAAUCUGCAAGGAUGUUUAGCCUGAAAGAAGUGAAGAAAGCAACAAAUGGCUUUUCUAAAGACAGGAUAUUAGGGAGUGGUGGCUUUGGAGAAGUCUAUAGAGGUGAACUUCAAGACAGGACUGUUGUGGCCGUUAAGUCAGCUAAAGUGGGCAACAUCAAAAGCACCCAACAAGUGCUCAACGAAGUUCGGAUACUUUCUCAAGUAAAUCACAAGAAUCUUGUCAGGCUCUUGGGUUGUUGUGUGGAAGCUGAGCAACCACUGAUGAUCUACGAGUACAUAUCAAAUGGUGCCCUCCAUGACCAUCUACAUGGCAGGUGCUCUACCUUUCUGGACUGGAAAACAAGGCUAAAAAUUGCUCUACAAACUGCUGAAGCAUUGGCUUAUCUGCACUCAGCUGCUUACACACCCAUCUAUCAUAGAGAUGUCAAGUCAACUAACAUACUCCUGGAUGAUGGCUUCAAUGCGAAAGUUGCAGAUUUUGGGCUGUCCAGAUUGGCUUGCCCGGGGUUGAGUCAUGUGUCCACCUGUGCUCAGGGAACAUUAGGAUACUUGGACCCUGAGUACUACCGCAACUACCAACUAACAGAUAAGAGUGAUGUUUACAGUUAUGGGGUUGUGUUGCUCGAGCUUCUCACUUCCCAGAGGGCAAUUGACUUCUCACGGGAACAAGACGAUGUGAACCUGGCCAUUUAUGUGAGUCAACGGGCUACCAAUGGUGCAAUCAUGGAAGUUGUGGACCAAAGGUUGGUUGGCGAGGAGCCUUCCAUGAAGAUAAUGGGAAGUGUGAAGCACUUCUCGGACCUUGCACUUGCCUGUCUAAAGGAGAAGAAAGAGGAGAGACCUAGCAUGAGGGAUGUUGUUCAACAACUCCAACAUAUAAUGGAAAUAGUAGUAGAUCAAGAAAAGGCUUCUGAGGAGGUGAGUGUUGAAAUUAUAUGAAGGUAUUAUGAUACUUUUUAGUGUGGCUUGCAAGGUUGACAUAUGGAUUUGUAUAACCUUUGAAUAUUCAUGUUAUAAAGAUAAAGAAGUGUAGAUGUGAAGGUAGUUGAAAUGAUGCUAAUAAAGGGCCCUAAUUUUGUAUUGCCCACAGAAGCUAAAGUUGAUUCUAAGGAUGAAUUUGAGUGGGAGUGGAAA